AGUUUUGUUUGAGAUCUGUUUGUGGGUGGGUGUAUUUGCUCCAGUUAUUUGGAUUAACAAUUAUUUUGAAAGAAGUUCUUAAUUAAGCUACAGUCAAUAAAAAUGGUGUGAUUGAAAACUCGGAUUUCUUCAUAGUGGUGUAACUCCCGAUAGCAGGGGGGCCACUCUCCAGUUUGGAGGGCAUGGGCAUGAUAUCGCCCGACGACGCAUACAGCUAUCCUCUGAUAGCACGCUUCCUACAUUCUCUGCCCCACGUCAAUGUCAGCUUUCAACAUGUCAACAGCUCGUUUGAACCCAACAAUCCCGUAUACUUGGAGAGUUUGGGAAUUCUUGGCUCUAUCCCAGCAAUAUGGUUGAUAUUAACGCUGUUUGUCCUACUUAUUUACCUGUUGACGAGAUGUUGUGAUCGGAAACCGAGGGCUUCAAAGUCGAUAGCGGCUCUUAAACUCACUUUAGCCGUUGUCUCGGUUCUCUGUUGUGCCGGCAUAGGCAUAGGACUAUAUGGUAAUGAUGAUUUACACAAUGGCGUCGUUCGGACUUUGAGUGAAGGAAGGCAAGUAGACAUUUUAAUAUCCAAAAUACGCAACCAAACAGAAGACAUCGAGCGACAGUUGAGGAUACAAGCAGAAAGACAAAUAAAAGAAAUUGCCAACGUGUUCGGAACACAUCACAGUGAUAAACCUUUAUUUAACGAAAUAGAAGGAUAUUUUAAGAAACUUGUCAGUAAUCGCAACGCUACUGCAAAUGCCGCAAGCGAUAUACGUCAACCUUUAGUGGGAGUCAACCUUACAUCGACAAUAAUAAUUGGUGAAAAAAUCGAGGCAGUACGAUGGCCUUUCACGAUGGGAAUUCUGAGUGUUUUACUCAUUUUAUGUGUGAUUUUAUUAGUUGGCGUAGCAAGGCACAACCGCUGCGCUCUUAUAGCGUUUUCGGUGUGUGGACUGCUCGCCGUCAUAGCGUCCUAUAUUAUGGCCAGUAUUUAUUUAGCUUCCAGUGUAGCUUUGAGCGAUUUGUGCAUGGCACCUGAUAAAUUUAUCGAAGAUCAGGCCAGCACCGAAUUGUCGAAAGAGAUUCUAAGAUAUUAUACCAAUUGUGAAAGAGCAAGGGCCAAUCCUUUUACCCAGAGAUUAAGAGAAGCGAAAACGACUGUAGAGAACAUGAGAUCUAACUUAACUGCAAUGGUGAAACCAGCUGAGAAAUUAUUUAGAGACAAAGGAUUGGAUACCAAAUUUAGCUCUCUUCGAAAUGAUAUUAAUACAGCCGACAACUACAUACAUUCUUUGACAGCUCUAGUCGACUGCCGAACACUACACAUGCAUUACUUGAGAGGAGCCAGAGCUCUUUGUUACGUUGGCUUACUUGGUUUAACAUUAAUGUUAGUCUCUUCAGUCGUAGCUGGUUUUCUUCUGACUGUGCUGGUAUGGGUUGAUUCCCAUACAUGGAUUUAUAUAAGAAAGAAGAAAGACUACCAACAAGUGACAGAAAACGAUUCGUAUCUUCCACCCCCUCAGGCGAGCCAGGCGAUUGCAGCACGCACAUUACAACGCAGCCAAGGGUCGUCCUAUCCCCCUGAUACUCCCCCGCCUAGUUAUACAUCCGCUUUGCUGCAUAACCGACCAUUGCAUGCGCCCCCGUCAGCUCCCCUGCCAGAGCAUGAAGCAGAAUUUCUAUUAGAUGGGUGUGACAUGCGUCCCUCAGAACACCACCGCAACAGCGCCCACAUGGCACACCUCCGAGGGCACACCUUGGGCAGAUUGCCCUCCCACCAUCACGAACCAAUACUCGCUGGACCCAAUAAUGGAAAGUACGCGACUUUGAGCAAACAGUGCAAGACGCUAGAGAGUUCAGACUUCUACUGAGACAGGUCUGCCUGCAAGGAAUUCCCAAGCUUUAAAGGUCUUAAGUUAUCAAAUCAGCAGCAACAAGUUCCACAAGCUCCCGAUGCUCAGCGAACCGCUAACAUACAAAAGUACAGUUCGCUAGGCCGUCGUCCACUACCUCAGACGCCAGACGAGAAAGCAAGGAAGCAACCUCCAGUACCAAGAGUUCCUCCCACGAUCUCACAGUGCAUCGAGACACCACUGAACCCAGCAAACUUCAGGUCUCUGCAGAGAGGAGCGUGGCAAGAUACUCCCAGUUCGUUCCAGCCGAAUGUGCAAUUCAGAUCCCUACAAAGAACUGCAGGGGCACAAUUUAGGCCGGCGAAGGUACAAGAUCAAACCCAAGGGGAGGUACUGUACGCAAACAGUGAGAGCGAACGACAGUUGUAUGCUGUAACUGAGUUAUAAGUUUUUAGUUUCUUCUUGGGAAAUGCAGGCAGACGAACAAUAGUGAUCGAGUUAUUUUUUAUUUUAUUUACACAUUUUGUUGUUUGUUCUUAUUAUUAUUUUAUUCACACGUUUUUUAGUUGUAUAGUAGGUCUAAUAAUCAGUGACCUAUUUUAUAAUCCAGUUAGUAAGAUUUGACUGUUUAUGUGAGUUGGUAUUGAAAAUAUUUAUUUCAAUUAAAAUUUAUCCACUGGAUUAAUAUCGUGAGUAAAUGAUAAAUUUGUUGCGAAAUAAUUAUUUUGAAAUAAAUAUUAAGUGAGAAAUUAUAAAACUAAUUAUUAUUUAAAAAUAAAUUUGAUAAUGUACUAUAUUGUAUUAAGUCGAUAUUUACUUACAAAUUAUAGGAAUCAUCCGUAUUAUUUACACCGAAUCAAAUAUUAGACAAUAUUAGUAUUUUAUUUAUCCUAUGAACAAUAUCUUCAUAGGAUAUCGCUGAAAGCAAUAUCCUUUGAAUUGAACAAACAUAGAUAGGUUUAUUGGGGAAAGUGCCAUAUACAAUUUAAAUUUAUAGUUUGUCUCAGAAAUCAAUUAUAAUUACCUACAACGAAAAGAGACACCCAGUCACCCGAAAGAGAUAAGUUAAAUGGCUACUAGAUGUCAUUACGGCACUAUAAUCACAUGUUCACUCUAACCGGGCGAUGGCAUACUUAUUUGAUAAUCGUAUUAAAUGUGCUUAACUAAGAUACAUGACGCUUAGCGAUGAUUAACAAUGAUUGACUUACCUCUCCGACUUUUAAUAGACCCUUUCGAUGACGAAUCGUGACGAUUACAAGGUUUCUACUUCACAAUAUUCAUGCAAGCUAGUAAGGUCGAGUUUGCACGCACUAGACUUUAGAUAAUUGUUUUAAAUAUCAUUAAUAUUUGUUUGUGUAAUGCGUUGUUACUGUUCAAUUUUUAAUUGACUUAAUAUAAUUUGGUUAACAAUUAUUUAAGUGAGAAUUCUUAAUUUGUUGGAUUUUAGUAUUUAAAUAUAUUAUACCGCACUUGGUCAUACGACCUUUGUACCAUACUCGUAUUUUUUUUCUUGAUGAAACUCCAAUCAGUCCUGUGACCUCAAUGAAGCCAACAUUUUCCCCAUUGGUGGUUUAAUGAUGUCUUCUGGUUCAAUUCUUAGUUGACCAGUGAAGUCCUGCCUCGUAUCACUUAACACAUUACAAUAGAAUAGUAUGUGUAUGGCAAUCUCUUCUUCCAUUUCGCCUUUUCCGCACUAUGAUUCAUUCACCUUACGUAUUUUAAACAGGUGGUUUCUUAAAUCAUAAUGUCACCAUUUUAUGACUGUUUUAAUCUCUCGUUUACUGAGGUCCAUCAAAUUGUCCGAGAGUUUUUAUCAAUAUGCUUGAUUAUUUUCUUAGUUCUGAUCUGCCCUUGAGUGGCCCUCCAUUUCUUUUGAUGAUUCGUUAUCAGCCAGUUUUGAACCUCGUUUCUUGCAGCAUCUUUUGUGAUGCCACACACUGGUUCUGGGCCUACAAAGCUUUCUCUCGAGCCUUGUUUUGCCAACAAAUCUGCUCGUUCAUUCCCAUUCACCCCUUCAAUACACGGCAGCUAUAUUAAAGACACUUUAAUGCCAGGCCAUUGAGGAGAUCUUUGCAUUUCCUCACCAAUUUUGAUUUGGCCAGUCUUUAUGCCUAGAAUAGCCGCUUGGCUAUAUGUAUAAAUGUUAAUUCUCUUUGCUUUUCAGAGCAAAAAUUUCAGGCUAAAACAUCUUCUCAGUGAAGAUUAGUUCUGGUGUCAUCAUAUUUGAGUUUAUCUGAAAGAAGAGUUUCCUAAGUAUAGUCAGAGUGGUAUUAGGUGACUAUUCAAUACAUAAUUCGGCCCCAAGUAUUGUGUUCUUUAAGUCUCAAGAUGGUAAUAAAGGCUACCACCGAAAUAUAUAAUUCCAGAGAGGGGAGACCUGUGAUAACCUCGAAAGAUGCCGCUCGUGUACUAUUUAAGGCUCGUGUCACAUUUAGAAGCACUUAUUUACAUAUAUUUUUUAUGUGCUUAUUUCAAAACUGUCAUCAAAUGUUUCCUAAUGUAUUUAGUAUUUCAUAAAAGGUGGAAAUUUUACAAGUGGAGUUUACUUAAUACAAAUGUACAUUAUCAAAGAAGUACUAAUUUUUCUAAUAGUACUUUUGAACAAAUAAAGAACAGUGUAAAAUACGGAAUAUUUGUAACGGUAGAUUGUACGUCUAACCUUUAUACUGCUCAUAAUAGAAGUCGUUAGUAAUUGUAUUUGUAUUUGAUGUAAUCUCAUUAAAAGACAAAAAGUAAGUACAUUAAGUACAAUAUAAUAAAAAGAGGCAGAGUUAUUCAAUAAUUAAGGAAAUUUAAGACUUAAUUUUUGUAAGGUGUCUAGACCUUUUUAUAAAUAGUAGACAUGUAUAAUGGCCAGACAUUAAACCUCAUUGUUUAAGCUACAGUCCAAAUAAUAACGUAUUAAAUACAUUAAAUAUUUGCUUU